UGACAAGUCGGUUUCCCAUCCUCCUCAUCCUGUCCACAGCAAACGGCAAACCCAGUGUGACCCAGGACGGCUCACUGCAGCGCGCGCGGGGUGCCGGCCGUCCGCCGCCCGGCCGGGCCGGCUAAAAAUUGUCCCGCUCCUCCUCCUCGCUUUCCCCCUUUCCUUGUCACCGUCUACCAUGGUACCACCGCGCGCGUCACGUUGCAACGGGAGAGAGAGCGCGUACUCCCGUCUUUUCUAUCCAGGUUCAUUGUAAUGGGUCAUAUUCUUAUUUAGAUUGAGUUAUUUUAGAACGAAGGGAGUACGCACGCGUAGCAAGGUCUCUCUUACACUAUAAACACCAAGGCGAAGCAGCCGCAUGAGUCCCACCCACCUCUCCUCCCCCGGCAAUCAAAGACACACCCCAAGUACUCGAUCGCCUGUGUAGCUUCUUCCCUGAUCGUGCCAUGGGCUCCUACGUUCAAGGCGAGGAUGAGGUUCCCGUGUACGAAUCUGGAGCAGAGAUCGUCCAGAAGCUGCAGGAGAAAUGGAAGUCGACGGCGGCGCCGUUCCCGGCGAUGUACUCGAGCGUGCUCGGCGGCAUCAUCCUGGACCCGGCGAUGAUGUCCGUCCCGCUCGACGACCACAUGGUCCACCGCGGCCACGGCGUGUUCGACACCGCCAUGAUCCUCGACGGCCACCUCUACGAGCUCGACCCGCACCUCGACCGCUUCCUCCGCUCCGCCGCCAAGGCCCGCAUCGGCACCCCGUUCCCGCGCGACACGCUCCGCAGCAUCCUCGUCCAGAUGACGGCGGCGUCCAACUGCCGGAGGGGGUCCAUCCGCUACUGGCUCAGCGCCGGCGGCGGCGACUUCCUCCUGUCCUCCGCCGGCUGCGCCGGGCCGGCGUUCUACGCCGUCGUCAUCCCGACCGACUACUCCCAGUGCCGCCACGGCGUGCGCGCGGUGACCACGUCGGUGCCCAUGAAGCCGCCGCUGUUCGCCACCAUGAAGAACGUCAACUACCUCCCCAACGUGCUGUCCAUCAUGGACGCCGAGGACCGCGGCGCGUUCGCGUCGGUGUGGGUGGACGGCGAGGGCAACGUCGCCGAGGGGCCCAUGGUGAACGUGGCGUUCGUCACGGCCGCCGGCGAGCUGGUGCUCCCGGCGUUCGACAAGAUCCUCGCCGGGUGCACCGCCAAGCGGCUGCUCGCGCUGGCGCCGAGGCUGGUGGAGUCCGGCCUCCUCAAGGCCGUCACCACCCGCCACAUCGCCGCCGACGAGGCCAAGCGCUGCUCCGCCGAGAUGGCGUUCGUCGGCAGCGGCCUCCCCGUCCUGCCCAUCGUCGAGUGGGACGACCAGCUCAUCGGCGACGGGAAGGUGGGGAAGACGAUGAUGGCGCUGUCGGAUCUGCUCUGGGAGGACAUGAAAUCGGGGCCGGACAGGAUCGCAGUCCCGUACAAGUGAUGGAUUAUUGGAGUUGGGUGAGGCUCCUCGGGCGUACGUCAGAAAGAGGUGUGCUACCGACGUGUGGAUUCAUGACGGUAAGCUUCACCUGUUAGGGAUUCACGUCUCUUCGACUUUAUAUGAGAGGAGCUACGUCCAUCGGAGAUAGGAGGAGAAGGGCAACGUGCCGAGUAUAUAUGUGUAGUGUACGUACGCGUGAGCGAGCUGAGAUGGAUAUGAUGCAGUAUCGUGUCGUUUCGUUUCGUUUCUCCUUGUGUUCAUGUGUGGUUUGUAUGGUUUUUUAUCUGUACGUGUCGUCAACGUAAUCCUUGUAUUUUGCGGUGUAUCAGUACUGUAUGAGUGUAUGUGUUUAUCGAUUGAUCAUUAAGUGAAUGAAUAAUGGAUUCUCUCGAUUUCAAAUGUAA